AUGUCACAGCCACCUAAGAAAAGAGCGCGACAAACAUCCGAAGUUGACAACGGGCCUGCAAGCGCAGCAGCCUGUGAAAGAUGCCGAUCGCGAAAGGUCAAGUGCGGAGCCGAGUUUCCCAUAUGCAAAGGCUGCCUCAAAGCCAAUACACCGUGCAUAAUUGCCGAUCCAUCGACCCAAAGACCUUACACUCGAGAGGAAGUAUUUGCACUGGAGCAAAGGUUGAAAGACCUUCAAGAGAGGGCAGCAGCGAUUGAUACUUCAGUUGCAGUUCAAGAUGACCCUCUAACUUGUCGUCAAGCAAACAUCGGUCGAAUCACACGUCCACCGGACGUUGUUCGCUAUGUUGGUCAAGAUACGGGCGUCAGUUUCUUACUCUCACGGCUUCAUUCAGCGUCGGAUCGGUUACAGCAUGGUUUAUCGCGGCCAUCAGACGACGUCCCAACACCGCUCACUCGUAUUGAGUACCAUUCACCCCACCCUUUCCCAGCUCCUCACAUCGCUGUGCAAGCCAUUGAUCAUUAUCUCACGGAUCGCAGCUUCAAAGAGUUUCACGUCGCACACCCGUUUCUCAAGCGAGAGGUGCUGCAAAGCUGCCUUGAGCGGGUUCCGGACUGGAGCACCCAAGAAAGGAUCAACUUGACAGUUGAGCAGAGGCACGACAUCUUCCAGCUCUAUAUGGCCAUUGCUAUUGGCAGCAUACGACUGUUUCGGGAAAAGACAUUGGAUCAGCAUCCUUUCGGUUUCUUCAGCGCCGCUUUAGAGAUGAACCCUCCUGCAGAAUCUCGCUACAAUACACUUGGGAAUAUUGAAAACCUCAUAUUAAUUGCUCGCUUUGGUGUCUAUUACAAUAUUGGUAUGUAUGAGGUCCACUUCACCAGGCCUGCCGCUGAUGCAAUCGACAGGAUGCUCACUGUGGGAGCUGAGUCGUCUCUGUAUGAGAAGUUGCAUCGAGCUGGAUCUACAUAG